CAAUCGCGAUUCGAUCAGCUGGCGGGGGGGACUCGCAGCGCCUGUAAACAAAAUCGCGAAGGUGAUCGACUGCCGUGGGUAAACGGAGUUUAUUGCCGCGGGGCGAGCGUUCAGUGUACCGGCGGGAGCUCACCUGGCCAGACGAGCACGCCGCGGGUUUAUCAGUAACACGCGCUGACAGACGACGAGAGUAAAAUCUCGCGUUUGCCCCCGAAUUUGCCACUACGACAAAUUCUUCUCGUUGGGGGAGGAACGAAUCCUCCGGAUCUCGAAUCAUCGUUCACCGACAACGAGAGUGAAAUAAAAAAACAUCGCGAUAAAGAAACUCUCUCCAGUGAUGUGACCAGUGCUUCUUCGCCAGCAGUGAAAGUUUAGAAAGAACGAUUUAUCGUGUGCUUUUUACCGGGACGUGUGCUUUCGUUUACAAAAGAAUCGGUCGGAAAUAAGACGUUCGAGGAGAAGGAUCGUUGCGUACGUACGUCGAGCGAGUAGAAAUUUUCUACGAAGGAGGAGAACAUGGGCGAGGGAACGAUCUAAAAAAAACUCGGCGAACCGAGUUGGAGUUUAAAUUUCCAUUCGACGAGGGCAAGGAUAGUCAUGUUACUCGAACGGAUCUCACCAUCAAGAUGACCUCGACGAAGCCGAUCAUCGCGUUUUCGUGGUUACUGCGAUCUUACAAGAGACGCAGGUUCAAGUUAGAAUGGCUGGCGUUCGUGUUCGCCUGCCUUUUGGCGAGCUGUACCGCCAGGAACAAUCCACCGCGUUUCCUGAUCGAUGGCCAAACGGAAAUCAUCAUUAGGCUGAAGGAAGGUCCCGAUACACCAGUCGGCAGUUUAAUUUACAGGCUUCGCGGCGUCGAUCCUGACGGUGACAGCAUGACGUUCGGCGUUAGAGAUCAACCUGGCAGCGACGUGAUCCGGGUCGAGAAUUUCAACAUGGCCGAGGCCAAUAUUUACUUGAACAAAUUGCUGGACAGAGAGGUGAGGGACGAAUACGCGUUGGUGUUGACCCUGACAGAUGGAAGACUCGGCGAGGGGAAUUUCAUCACGCAGAGCUUGCUGCUUCUGGUGGAGGAUGUUAAUGACAACGUGCCAAUCUUCCGUCCGCAUCCGACUUCCCUGACUCUUCGCGAGGAUUCCGGUCCUGGUAUUUUGACGACGGUCGAAGCCACCGACGCCGAUCUAGGGGCACACGGCCAGGUGGUUUACUACCUUCAGGAGCUCGACGGCGACAACGACGUGUUCAGCAUAUCCACUGUCAAUGGGAAAGGUGUCAUUCGGCUUGUCGGCCGUCUCGAUUACGAAAAGAAAUACUUGUACCAGUUGCGAGUCUUGGCGAUCGAUCGAGCGAUCAACGAGAAGGUAAACACAGGAACAACCGCGAUACUGGUCAAGGUUCAGGACGUGGAAGACCAACCUCCAGAAUUCAUAACCAUGACACCUGUUGCCAGGAUCAGUGAGAAUGCUAGGAUAGGCACCUCUGUUCUUCAAGUUCGCGCGGUGGACGGCGACAAGGGGAUAAACAACAAAGUGACGUACAGCAUCAGCCAAGGUCCGCGAUACUUGUUCGACAUAGACGCGACUUCCGGCCUGGUGUUCACCAGGUCGCAACUCGAUCGAGAAGCGGAGGAGAACGCCGAGGGCACUUUCAUCCUGGAGAUUACCGUGAGAGAGGUAUCGAGCGUCGUUCCAGCGCCGUCCGUUUCCACCGAGGUCACCAUUAUCCUAACGGACGUGAACGACGAGACCCCCAAGUUCCGAAGCGCGAGAUAUCGCGCCGAGAUAAACGAGAACGCGCCGCACAAUACACCGGUGAAUUUCAUCGGGGACGCGAUACCGGAAAUUUACGAUCACGACUUGGGGACAAACGGCACGUUCAGAAUGUUCGUCGACGGUGACGACGGUAUAUUCGACGUGACUCCGUCCAGAGGAAUCAACGAAGCACCGUUCCUUAUACGCGUGAAAAACUCCAGCAAACUUGAUUUCGAAACCAGAUCGGUGAUAAAUUUCACGCUGAUCGCGAGGGAAGUGGCGACGGUGGCACCGAAGCAGAGCAAAGUGCCGGUGGUCGUGUUCGUAAGAGACCAGAACGACAAUUAUCCAGAGUUCACGGAGGACACGUACGAGGUAUCGAUUCCGGAGAACUGCGCGGUUGGAACGACAGUGGCGUGGGUUCAAGCCCUCGACGAGGACAGUGGCAGCUUUGGAACUCGUGGGAUCAGAUACACGAACUUAGGCGGCAGCAUCGCACACGCAUUGUCCAUGGAUCCUCUGACUGGCGUGAUCACGGUUAAAGAAACCGGAUCGAGCUUCGAUCGAGAACUGGUGUCCCGACACUAUUUAACAGUCGAGGCGAGAGACGAUCUCGGCAAAGGUAAUCGCAACACCGUCCAACUGAUCGUCAAUGUGAACGACGUCAACGACAAUGCCCCUGUGUUUCUGCAAAACAAGUACGAGGCGGUGCUUCUGGAGAACGAGGACCAUUUCGAAUCGCCUUUAAUCGUCGAAGCGUUCGACAUUGACUUAAACGGCACUAAGAACAGCGAGGUAACGUACGCCUUGGUAUCGGGUGAAUUUUCGCGGAAUUUCAGUAUCGAUUCGAAGCGGGGCGUAAUUACCCCGACUACGCCCUUGGAUUACGAAGCGUUGCCUAUCAGCCAAGGACACAGGGAGACAUCGGUACGUCCUCUGAGACUGACGGUACGAGCCAGGGACAUGGGGACCCCGAGCUUGAGCUCUGACGCUCCAUUAAUUAUUUACCUCAAGGACAUCAACGACAAUCCACCCGCAUUCGAGAGAACGUUGUACAAGAGAAGCAUUCCUGAAGAUCUGCCUGGGGGUACCAGCGUCGUUCAGGUUAAAGCCUGGGACAAGGAUCUAUCGUCGCCCAACAACAAGCUGGUUUAUCGAAUACAAAGCGGCGCGGGUGACAAAUUCGUGAUCAGCCCGGAAAGAGGUGUGAUUCGAGUCGCGCCGGGUUCCAAUCUGGAUCCGGAUCUAACUUCGCCGAAAACGACGAGGUAUAGCUUGAACGUAAUAGCGAUCGACAGCGGAACGGAAGUGCAAAGGACGGCGGAUGUUCUGGUCAACAUCACCAUAGUGGACGUCAACAACAAGCCGCCAGUGUUCAUCGAACCCGGUACAGUGACCAUUCGCGAGAACACGCAGGUGGGGGCGUACGUGCAUCGUGUCGUGGCUAACGAUCCAGAUAUAGCGCCGAUACUGCGCUAUCGGAUCGAUCCGAACUCUUCGGAGGCAAGAAACGAGGAAGGAACGCUAAUUAAGAUCCAAGAGUAUGAUUAUCUGUCCGCUUUGGAAUUGAACGCGCUCGACGGAUUGCUUCGAGUGGUGAAGCUGCUGGACAGAGAGAGAGUCGAAACGAUAAGAUUGGGUCUGGUCGUCGAGGAUUUGGCUGCGAUCAGGGGAGUACAGACUGCAUCCGCCACGUUGAACAUAAUAAUCGAGGACGAAAACGACAACAAUCCAAGGUUCCGCAGGCCGUUUUACAGACGAUCGGUAACGGAGAACAGCAAGAAUGGCGUCAACAUCGCGAACAUCGUUGCCGACGACGCGGACAAGAACCGCAGCAUCACGUACACGCUGGAGAGCCCGAGAGAGCUGGCGGAUUUGGUUCACCUUGACUCGGAAACGGGCGAAAUGGUCGUGGCGAGUAAAAUCGACAGGGAACAAUACUCCUGGCUGAAUUUAACUGUUCGCGCCACCGACUCGGGAAUUCCGCCCAGAUCGAGCUUGUCCGAGGUGUACGUUCAAGUAUUAGACGAGAAUGACAAUAACCCGUACUUCGUGACUGACAUCGGCAAUUUGACCGUGAUGGAAAAUGCCAAGAUUGGCACGGAAGUUGCUACCAUUCAAGCUAGAGACCCGGAUAGCGGCGAUUACGGGAAAAUCACGUAUCUGCUAGACCGAGUGUCAUCCCAGGGUACGUUCGCCAUUCAUCCCGAGACCGGCGCCUUAACCGUGGCAGAUCUGAUCGACUGGGAAGACAAACAAAAUUACGUUCUAGUCAUCGAGGCUUGGGACAACUAUCAGUUCGGCUAUACAGCCGGGGAGUCGAGAAACGCGUUCAAACAGAUCCAGGUGACCGUGACGGAUGUCAACGACAAUCCACCAAAGAUGGACGUGCCCUCCACGUGCGUUACCAUAUCAGAAUUCCACGAUGUCAAGGAUUUAAUUUUUGGAAUCAAGGCGAAGGAUGCGGAUGACCCGACGACCCCGAACGGCCGCGUGAAGAUUAGGAUUCUUUCUGGAAACGAGUUAGGUUUAUUCAUCCUGGAGCAAACGGAUCAUUGGACGGCAAAUAUAAAGGCGGCGCACUCGCUCCGAGGGAAGUUUGGAAAUUACUCGUUGCAUUUGGAAGCCCGGGACCUUGGCAGCCCUACCAACAAGGACACCUCUGUCCUAAAUAUUUGCGUGACCGAUUACAACGACAAUCCGCCAGUGUUCAUCAGUCCGCAGCAUAACACGACUAUCCGAGUGCCAGAGAACGUGACUGUCGGGACACCGAUCAUACAAAUCGAGGCCAGAGACGCCGACACUGGCCCGAACGGGGACGUUCAUUAUCGUUUGAAGCAGGACUUGGCCGGCCACUGGAGAACAUUCUCCAUCGACGAUACUACUGGCGUUGUCUCGCUGAAACUUCCGUUGGACAGGGAAACGCAAAAAUUGUACGAGAUCAGAGUGGAAGCGUACGAUCUAGGAACGCCAACUCCCCUAAGCACGGAUCUGGACUUGAUCAUCUACGUACGGAACAUCAACGACUACGAGCCUCAGUUCCUAGUGGAUAUUUUCAACAUCAACUUCACGGAGGAACAGCCACCUGGCACUGAAACGAUGCAGCUACCGGAAACAGUCGACAGAGACGAGGUUGACGAGCUCGACGAUCCUCCUGCUCAAGUGUGUUACUUCAUAAUCAGCGGCAACGACGACGGGCUUUUUAUCCUCGACGUUUUCAAACACGAGCUCACUACGGCGAGAACGUUAGACCGAGAACAGCAAGAGGAACAUCUGUUGAUCGUGAAAGCGACGGAGGAUUGCAACAUCGUUCCGACAAACGGGACGUUCUCUGACGAAGCGAACGACACUACGCUGAAGGUUGUUGUGAACGUGAUCGACGUGAACGACAAUCCACCGAAGUUUGUCAGUAAGAUAUUCACGGGAGGGGUCACCACCGAGGCUGACUUUGGCACGCAAUUUAUGCAAGUGAAGGCGACUGACUUGGACUCGGGUGAUAAUGCUGCGGUCAGUUAUUACCAGAUUGGCAAAAUGCACAUGACCCUGACCGAAGGUUUAGAUGACAUUGAGAUACAACCUUUCUUGGUCAACAGACUCACUGGAGUAGUGAGCUUAAAUUUUGAUCCUCAGAGGGGGAUGAAGGGAUACUUUGAUUUUAUGGUGUUAGCCAACGACACCCACGGUUUGAAAGACACUGCGAGGGUGUUCAUUUAUUUACUGAGGGAGGAUCAGAGAGUGCGUUUCGUGUUGCGACAGCAUCCGCCGGAAGUCCGAAACAGGAUAGAAAUGUUCAGAGAAACGCUGGGCAACGUGACCGGGGCGAUAGUUAACAUCGACGAGUACAAAAUUCACGAGAAUCACGACGGUUCUGUCGAUCGGACGAAAACCGAUCUGUACAUGCACCUUGUGAACCGUCGGGACAAUUCGAUUUUCGAGGUGUCGGAGGUGUUGGAACUGGUGGACAGGAAUAUAGAGAAGCUCGACGGCCUGUUCAAGGAAUUCAACGUCCUCGACACGCAACCGGCUCAGUAUCAGCCGAUUGUUCAGUACGAGCAGGCGGGGACUACGUUUUGGCUUUUGACUUUGACCUUGUUCCUCGGGGCACUCCUAAUUCUGUGCAUAGCCUUGUGCCUCUCGCAGCGAGCCUCGUUCCGCAGGCAACUAAAAGCCGCGAAUGCAUCGCCGUUUGGAACGUCGGACGCGGAAUUUAUAAGAGGGCCUGGUCGCGUACCAAAUACGAACAAGCACAGUGUUGAGGGCUCUAAUCCCAUAUGGAUGCACGCUUACGAGAACGAAUGGUUCAAAAGUGACGAAUCAAUGAGUCACACGUCGGAAAGGGACUCCCUCGACGAGAACGCGUUGAACAACGAAGAAAUAACGGACGAGGUUAACACGGACCAAAGAAACGACGAUAAACCGUACUACAUCGAGCCACGAGUAUCCUCCAUCUCAAGCGCGGAGAGCGCCGCGAAUAUACCAAACGACUUUCAUCGAAGUUCACCGAUCUAUCGAACGCAGAACAACAUUGUUAACCCUCUUGGCAAGAAGAUCGAAACAACGGAACUCUGACUGAACAACGACCACGCCGAACAGAGAUUUUUUCAUUACGUUUAUGGCGUUUAGUGUUUAAGCUCGUACUUUAGAAUAAUUCUUGUAAAUAGUUACACCUUUGGCGUAAGCUAAAUAUUUAAUAUUUAUUUUAUACUAAAUCUCGAGUACUAACAACGACGAAUAUCUUUAUUUAUCACGAGAUUCAUGCUGUCGUCUCGCGUCUGUGGCAAUCAUUGCUAGUAAAUGAUUACUGCGCCGAAAUGGGACGAGCCUCAUUUCCGAGUUCGUGACAAAUGAUUUCUGUCCAUGAUCUCUGCAUGGCGAUAUGUCACGUACAAUUGUACACUUCGUAUUUUUGGUCUAACGAAUAAACAAUUAAUCGAGCA